AAAAUGGAUUACGAUCGCCUGUUCCAUCAGGCGAGCAGAGGCAUCAACGGAACGGGUGGAGGCGGCGGGGGCGGUCCAGGUGCCCGAGGAUACCCCCAGGUUCUCGACGGCGGAUACGCGUCUCCACCGAUGAGAAGAGUGGGCGGCGGUCAGUUCGGCCUGAACCAAAACAACCUCGGCGGAAACCAGGCGUUCGGGCCGGGGGGUGCCCCGCCGCCGCAGGAUGUUGCGAGAAAUGUGUUGACGCCCACCCAGGGCGCCGUCAGUGUUUCACCAAGUCCUAUUCUCAGAAGUGCUCCUUAUACAAAAUUCCAGGUCCCGACCACGCCUAUCGGGCCCAUCCCAACGGUGCAGCUCAUCUCCUCCCCCGAGGGCCCCGGCCUCAACCUGGACAACAUUCAAGAGGAGUGGGAGCGUCGUGGCAGUAAGAGCUCCAACCGGAGUCACCCCUCGAACCGCAGUGGCGGGGGCGCCAAAUUCCUCGGCGUCAACACGGAGUCAGCGUGGACCAAAUGGUCGCGGGAGCGGCGGGCCAGCUACCGGCGACGGAUCGAAAAAUUGGAGCGGAUGGAGUCC